AUGGCGUUUGCUGCCCAUUUCGGCUUCUCGCCUCCAACAUCCGGGGGUUUACAAGCGCAACAGCUGAUGUUAGCGACAAAGACAACUGGCAGUCAGUCCUCCCCAGGGGUGGUCGAUAGUGGGCGUGGACUUAUUCCAGGAGAGAGAGGUGGUGUGUUACCAGGAGAAAGUUUGCCCAUCGGUGCUGCGAUACCAUACCUGUCUCGCAUGGCUGGUCUGCCCGAAAGUGUGUACGCCCAAGCAGCCGUGACCUCUCCUGGUGCUGGAAUUGAACCCUCGGCCUUCUACGCCCUGAACGGAGCUGCCCAGGGUUUAUCUGCAGACCGGUCACAUGAGCUGUGGAAGAACCUCCACCAGCAGUCACCUAUGCUUUACCCUUUUGAUCCGAUGUUGGCGACACACCCCUAUGGUGCUUUUUAUGGGGGAUUUGACUUAAACAAUGCUGCUCGUAGGAAGAACGCCACCCGUGAAACGACAAGUGCUCUAAAAGCAUGGUUAUACGAACAUAGAAAGAACCCUUACCCUACCAAGGGCGAGAAAAUCAUGCUGGCCAUCAUCACAAAGAUGACCUUAACACAGGUCAGCACGUGGUUCGCCAACGCCAGAAGAAGACUUAAAAAGGAAAGUAAAGUUGGUUGGAACAAAGACAAAGAUAUCGACGACAAUGAUGACAGCGAUGUUGAUGUUGAAGGCCGAGGUACAGCAGAUGAUUCUGAUGACGAAGAUAAGGAGAAAAGAAUAACAGGUGGGACCGUUUCACGACACUUACGAGAAGACGAGGAUGGUGAUAUCCAAGUCACGACCUCUGACCUUUCCGAUAUCUCCGACACAGAAGACGACAGAUGCACCCGACCAAAUCCAGAUAUUGCACCAAUGAGCCAAUCAAAUAAGUUGUUACUGAACUUUAGUAGGGCAGCUCAAACAUCUCCACUUUUUGUACCUCAUCGAUAUUUGACAACGCCAUCUACUGUUUCCAGAACAGGCACUGCAAAUGCAGUGUCGUCAAACAUUGGUAACCAAAUAAAUGCUAAGCCAAAAAUUUGGUCGAUUGCAGAAUAUGUAAAUACAUCAAGCAAAGACAAAAGUGAUAAUAGGAAUGUACAAGAGUGCGAAACACCAUCUCAACAAAGAAUUCCAACAUCAAACGACGAUAGAAAAAUCACCGUGAGUGAGACUUCACAUGUAGAAAGACCUAUUAAAAAUGCACACAAACAAACAAGAGGCGAAGGUACACAAGGCAAAGCACUCAACCUAUCUUUGAGCGAAAAGGAAAAGAUUCAAGAUGAAAUAUCAACGUCACCACACACAGAUUCAGAAUCCAGUAAUAGGUAACCCGGAAAUGAGAACAUGUAAAUACAAAGACAUAAUAAGUGAACGCC